CGGCUUCGUUAGAAAUGAGUGGACGCGUAGCUACAGCAACAAACUGGAGAGAAUGGAGGGAUUUUAUCUUCAGUCACUGACGCCAGCAGUGACCUAGGCUAGCCUGGGCAACCUGUGCAGCUCUCUGUUACUCUCUGUGCCCCUCCCUCUGACUGUGCCAAGAGACUACCCUCCCAUAGAGGAAAUGGGAGAUCAUCAUCAGGUCAAGACUUCCUUCCUUUUCAUCCGACUGCAGUCACCCUCAAGGGUCUGUCAGCACCAGCCUCUUGCUGGCUCUCCGUGCUCAGUCACCUCGGAGGAAGGACCUUCUGCAGCUGCAGACGGAGUACAGAUCACACCCGGGGACCUGGAGAGCAUCGACAAGGAGGAGGCAACCAGGGAGGACAAGAACAGUGUAGCUGGACAGAAAGACCUUGAGACCUUGAAGGGCAGCUCAUCUAUAGCGGAUUUACAAACUGUGGAGAACACUGCGGAUGAUAUAUCGGAGGAGUCUUCAUCAUCAUCGUCAUCAUCAUCAUCAUUAUCAGGACUUGAUACAUUAAGAAGGAAUUAUGCUGCUGGUUGUGGAGGGAAAAAAGGAGAAGAAAGCCCUUCACCAGAUGCACUGAGGACACCUGCUUCAAAAAGGGCACACAUUAGGAAAGAUAACCUGCCAGGGACCAUUCCAGGAGAAGCCACAUCAAGCUGCCCUUAUCCAACUGUAGAUGAGCCUAUCCUCUCUACACUAGACCACUUCUACCAUUCUACAGGGUGCUUGGACCCGGAAUUUGAUAAGCCAUUGCUUAGAACAGAAAACUCCUGUGAAGACCAAGUAUUCCCAGUUUGGAUCUUGCGUCAGGAAACAUUCGAAACCAUGAGCGAGGCGAUUCCAUCUCCUUCUCAGGGGAGCUCUCCUGUGCCAAUUUCUCCCAAAUCCCCUUCAACUCCCAGAGUGAGCUUCCUCUAUCCAGCACCAGGAGCAGCAGCAGCAUCCAACUCUCAGACUAAUACACCAGGGGUCAAGCCUAAAUUGAGCCCAAAGCCCAGCGUGAUUCCUCCAGCCUCUGCGCCGCCUUCCAGCACACAUCGCCUGUCAUCCACCAGCUGGGUGCACAGUGCCAAGCAGAGAGAGGAAGCCGCUGCUGUGAGUAGAUCACAGACACUGGCGAACAAGAGCCCAGAAAGGACAAGCUUCGUAUCAGCCGUCAUCAAGAGGACCUCUAAGCUGUAUGGAGAUGUCCACAAACCAGCAGCUAGCCAGAGUUCUACCAGGGUGACACCUUCCAGUGUGGAGUCUGGUAAAAUUGAGCCUCAGCCUGCCCUGGAUGAUGGAGCUCCAGCACUGACUUUACUGAGUAAGCCCGCAGUAGAUAGAACGUCUCAACGUUGUACUGAGAAGACAUCAGCACCAUCAACCAUGCUCAAGCCUACCACACCUGAGAAGGUGGAAAACUUUUAUGUCAAAAGCUCAUCUUCACACGCUCAGAGUGUCGCCAAGGCCAAGUACGAGUUUCUCUUUGGAAAGUCACAAGACUCAAGUCGAUCAGACAGUGGACACUCCCAGACCCAACCUGAGGAGAACAGUGCAGCAAUACUCGACUCUACCCUCCAGGAUGAUCUUGACGAGACCUCGUUGUUUCUAGAGAUUGACCGGGAGCUUGCCAACCUGCUCAGCGGCCUCGUGGCUCGGACUCAGGAUGCUGCAGUGGCUGGCCAGGAGCCGGAGGAGCAGGCCAGUCAGACGGGAGACGCCUCCUCGGCCAUGAUCCCCUGCAACGGCCACAGCGGGACUCCCCCUUCAUCCCCAGGCAUGGCCAAUCAGGACUCAGAGCUGCAGAACGGCAGGGCCGACGCUAGCCAGCCAGAGAGGCCGGGUGAGUCUCUCCUGACGUGCAGCGCGCUGUUUGAUUCGUGGUGCGAGGCGCUGAUUCAGGACCCCAGCUCGGCGGCAGCAGCCACAGAGGAGCUGAGCUGUCUGAGCGCCGGGCUCAGGAAUGCUCCCGCCAGCCAAAACAAACCCACUGCUGCCCUCAGCACAUCUGCAGAGGAAUCCACAUCUGCAGAGGAAUCCACAGUGCCCUUCUCCCUCUCCGCACAGCCUGGAACGGAGACAGAAAAUAAGAAGGAAAAGACCCAAGAGGCCGGCCUCGGUGGAGACUCCUCAGCAGCAGGACUGCUGGACACGUCCCUAGAGGAGUCCAGUAAGAUCCUGGCCGAAAUCCCGGGCAUCUUUACAGCUUUCCUGGAAGGGGGCAGACCGCGGCCCCAGAAGAAGCUUCGGUUUGCAGAGGGCCGGACGGAGGGGGAGGCUGUGGUGAAUGGAGAAACGAGCUGCAGCAUGAAGGAGCAGCUGGCUCAGGACGUGGACGGGCUUGCACAUGACGACACACCCAAGGCCACCGUGCCGCAGGUGUGUGUGCAGAGUCCUGACAGCGAGUCGACAGAAAAUAGCUCUUCAAGGAGUGUUAAAGGAAAGGCCAGCGGGAGUGAAGAGACCACGGACGUCUUCAGCUGGCAGUUUGAGAGCAUUCUGGAGUCGGAGCGACUCCGAGGGACACUAUACAGCAGCCUGGACUCGUUGGACGCGCUCUCGUCUUCAGCAGAUGAGACAGACGCUCAGCCGGAGUCGUCAGAGCCUCAGCUGGACACGGAGCCAGCCUUGACCCUAGACAUGCCCCUCACCCCCAUGAUCCAACAGCGGCUGAAAGACAGCGGCAUGUUCCUGGACCCAGCUGGCGAACUGGGCUGCAGACAGGAAGUGCUCAGUGUUACUGUCACUGGAAAGAGCGGGAAAGCGGCCCUGGAGGUCACCUCCUCCUUUCUGGACACGGGGAACGAGGCAGUGGGCUUUACCAUAGGACAAGGUGAUGGAGCACUGGCCAAUGGCGUGAUGGACAGGGACACAAAGGACUGGCUACACGGCUGCCUGAGCAGCGAUGAGGGGUUGAAAGACGCGCUGUCGGACUGGGACUCGGACAUGGGCAGCACGGAGCCACUGAAGGAGAACACCGACACGCUCAACAAUGGCCACCGCAGUGACCAGGAGGCGGCACAACGUCUGGCCCGGCGCCUCUACCACCUGGAGGGCUUCCGCCGCUCCGACGUGGCCAAGCACCUGGGCAAGAACAAUGACUUCAGCAAGAUGGUCGCCGAAGAGUACCUCAGUUUUUUUGAAUUCACAGGGAUGACAUUGGACCAAUCGCUCAGAUCCUUUCUAAAAGCUUUUGCACUAAUGGGUGAAACCCAGGAAAGAGAGCGGGUUUUAAUCCACUAUUCUAAUAGGUACUAUCAAUGUAACCCCACCAUCAUCGCCUCACAAGAUGGAGUGCAUUGCCUUACGUGUGCUUUGAUGCUGCUCAACACUGACCUUCAUGGCCAGAAUAUUGGGAAGAAGAUGACGUGCCAAGAAUUCAUCAAUAACCUGGACGGGCUGAACGCAGGACAAGAUUUCCCAAGAGAGCUACUCAAGGCUUUGUACAACUCAAUCAAGAACGAGAAGCUGGAAUGGGCAAUCGAUGGGGACGAGUUGAAGAAAUCACUAUCUGAACUUGCGGACAACAAGAAGGACAAUGCCCACACGAAAAGCAUCAGCAGGAUCAGCAGUGGCAGCAACCCGUUCCUGGACAUCGCCCAUGACCCCAAUGCUGCUGUUUAUAAAACAGGCUUUCUGGCCCGCAAGAUUCACGCUGAUAUGGAUGGGAAGAAAACUCCAAGAGGAAAAAGAGGCUGGAAGACAUUUUAUGCUGUUCUGAAGGGCAUGAUCCUCUAUUUACAGAAGGAUGAGUACAAACCUGAGAAGGCCCUGUCCGAGGAGGACCUGAAGAACGCCAUCAGCACGCACCACGCCCUGGCUAUCCAAGCUGUAGACUACGAGAAAAAGCCCAAUGUGCUGAAGCUGAAGACUGCCGACUGGAGAGUCUUCCUCUUCCAAGCACAGAGCCCCGAGGAGAUGGACUCGUGGAUCAGAAUAAUCAACUCGGUGGCGGCCAUGUUCUCAGCACCCUCCUUCCCUGCUGCCAUCGGCUCACAGAAGAAAUUCAGCCGCCCGCUGCUGCCUGCCACCACCACCAGGAUGUCUCAGGAGGAGCAGCUCAAGUCACACGAGGCCAAGCUAAAGCACAUCUCCACAGAGUUAGCUGAGCACAGGUCCUACCCUCCAGAUAAGAAGGUCAAAGCCAAGGAGGUUGAUGAGUACCGUCUGAAAGAGCACUACCUGGAGUUUGAGGAGAAUCGUUAUGAGACGUACGUGAAGCUGUUGAAGGAGGGGGUGAAGGAGCUCCUGACUGGGAAAGAUAACGACGCGGCGCUGAAGAAAUCCCAGUCCAGCCCCUCCCUCAAUCAGGAGUCGCAGCCGGCCGCGGCCAAAGUCAAGCGCAACACGUCCGAGAGGAAGGACUACCGGCCCGAGACCCCCAAGGUCACAUAGGCGGUCCACUGUAGACCCGUCGAAGAGCCAUUCUACACAACAUGUGAAUAUAUAUAUUUUAAUGUAAUUUAUUUAUCUGCCACUGUUCUCUAACAGAAAACUGUUGUGUACAAUGUAAUUGACUUGAUAAUAAUCGUCCUCUUAGACUGACAGGUGCUUGCGUAGCUAUUAUUCGUACGGGACGUUACUUACUUACGUAUAAGUGUGGUCCUCUUCCCUUUUUUUUUCUUUAUCUUUUUCAUUUUCUUUUCUUUUUUUCUUUUUUUCUUUUUAAAUUCCUUGUUGUUGACACUGCGGUCGUCAUUAUCGUGAUGAGCGUGAGAUUUAAUUGUGAGGCGUUGGACUGUCACUCGUUCACUCGAUGUGUUCUCCUGCCGCGUUUCCGUCCCAGGACUUGAUUUGCCUUUCAUUCAAGAGGAGUAGGACUUUUCUCCACUGUAAUUAAGUGGAUGUUUCCACAUCAGUUUCUUUUGUACAUACUACAGUAGGCAGUAGAUAGAUAGAUGUGGUCUUGCUCUGAAGGUAAUUUGAGUAUAUAAAUGAAGUGAAUGUUGAAAAAGAAACACACACACACACACACACCACCGAACAAUUUCAGACGAGUGAGGCUUCCAGAGAGGGAACUGACACAAGUCUUGUUUUCUUGUUUCUCCUACAAAAAAAAGAGAGAAUAAGAUGGAGAGUGAAUCACUGAGUCAUUCUCAACGGACCUUCUCGUCUCUCUGAGAUUUUAAUUUUCUCACUGCAGCGAUUGCAGCGUCAGGGUGUAUAUAAUAAUAAUAUACAGGACAGCGGUGCAUCAGUUCAGCUCAUCAGAAACAGAACAAAAUCUGCAGCUUAAACUCCCAAAUUCCCAAUUUCCUAUAUUCCUAAAACAGACUCCUAUAAUAUAUAAUACGAUCAAAUAGUCAUUAAAUCACAUUUAUUCUCUAUUCUACCAGCAUGUUACAGCAGUUUAACAAUAACAUAUGCCAGAUACAUUAUUUUGUAAUGAUUUAAAACCUAAAAAAAAAACCUAAAUAAAUAGGGGUACUUAACAAGGAUCGAGGUUCGAAGCUGCGUUGAGUUCUAUUUACAAAACAUGGCUUUUUUUCAGACUGCGGAAUGGUGUUCCCGGCAACAUCAUCGUUUGUGCAGGUUGAGCCAUUUAUUUUUUUAACUGUUAAAGUAAAGAAAAAAAGAAAAAAAAGGUUUACUUCUGCUUUUUUGAGUAGUGUAAAUGCCAAUGCUCCUUUUGUGUAUUUUAUAAUCUUCUUAUAUAUUUGGAUUUAUAAUUCUCGGUUCAGAACAUUAUUGUUGUAAAGAUUAAAUUAGUAUUUAUAGUGCACUUUAUGACUUAGUUCUUUUGAGUAUUUAGAGCUUUAUAAAAGGUAGUGAUACAUUUCUUACCUACAUCACAGGUUUUUUCAGGCAGUACUAAAUCAUAAAUGUGUUUAUCUUAUUGAAGGUACUGAGCUGAGUGUACGUUGUUUUGUUUGUUUGUUUUUUUUUAUCCGUCGUUUGUUCGUUUUUUGUUUUCUCUUCUUCUCGUCAGCUCGAACCUGGACGUGUUAGUUAUGUUAGUGUCAGUGACUCUGUAGUUUUGCUGUCAUAGUUAGGUUGUUCGAAGACAAAGUUUCCUUUUGAGGAGGCUAUUUACAGUGCUGUAUAACAUUUGAAACUAUUGCCUUUUCGUGAUGUUGAUAUUGACUUUAAGAUGUCACUCUCGGCUUUUGGGUUAGCGGUAGAACGGACGUGAACACUAUUUUGAGCAUUUUUACAUUUCCAUCACUAGCUGCACACCAACAGAAGUUUUCCACACAACGGAUUCGUUUGUUUUCAGUUCUCGAAGGUUUAAAUUAGCGAACGUCAUUUGUUUUUUUGUUCUUUUUUUUUUUUUUUUUUUAUCUAAGUACGUGAAGUAUAGCCAAGCUAUUUGAAGGUAUUUCGAGAUAUGUUAAAAUGAAUAAAUAAAUAAGGCUAGUUUACGUGCAUGGUCCCUCCAGUCUAAAAUGUUGUUUACUUGAAAUGUAUGUAUUAAGGACACUUUAUUUUUAUUAUAUUUAGUUUUUUUUAUUAUUAUAAUUAUUAUUUUUGUUGUUGUCUAUUUACCACACUUAUUAUUUACGGAAUUUGAAGAAUGUGAGUUAUAAAAGUACGAAAAAAUGAUAAGCCCAUAUCGGCCGCAUUACAUUUCUAUGUUUGUUUCUGCCAUAAAAAGAUCAUUUAAUACACUCAGUCAGAAUUUGCGUAUCUUGCAUGUUUUGUUUUUUUUUUUGUUUUUUUUCUUUCUCUCUUUUUUUUGCUGGCUUUGCUGCACAAAUAGCUUUAGCUUUGUUAUUAGCUCUCUCUCUCUUUUUCCCAUCUCUCUCUCUCUCUCUCUUUCCCAUCUCUCCACUCGUACCGCUUGUUUAAACCACAGCGAGGAUAUUAACAUUGAAGCACUUAAUAGUCAUUUGCUUUAUCCUCGUGUCCUCUCGCGGUGGAUUAAUGUGGGUUAAUGUGUCGGUGCGGAAGGCGAUAUGAAGAGUCUAAUUCUAUUUAUGUAACUGUUGUUCAUUUCCCAUUAUGUACGCUGACCAAAUGGUUUCCUUUAAUGAUAUGGAUUAUUAUUAUUUUUACUCUAGCAGCGUCCCUUUAUCAGUGGAUCCGUUGCACAAGAAUUUUUUUUUUAAUUGUUCUUGGUAAUUAUUUUUGAUAGAAUCUGAAAGAAUACACAGAAUGGCACAACAUUGUAUUGGAAGCUGAGAAAUACUUUUAUGGGUCAGUUUAUGCAGUUAAUAAGACGAAUAUGACGUUAAAUGUAUGUUUGUUUAUUUGAAAUGCCUUUAAUUUAAUGUAAAAAAAAAAAAACAAACUUUUUGACUGGAAUAUUGUGUUUGUUUCUUCUACGUUUUAUCUUCAGGACAAAAAGGAAAAAAAAAGUCGAAGCUUGUUGAAACACCAGUAUAUAAAUAUGUAUGUAAAUCUGUCCCCCACCUGCUUGAGGUAGAAGAUAUAUUAUAUGAUAUGUAAUAUCUGAUGUAUAGCUCUGGACAAAAUUAAGAGACCACUUCAGUUUCUGAAUCAGUUUCACUGAUUUUGCUAUUUAUAGGUAUAUGUUUGAGUAAAAUGAACAUGAACUACGGACAUCCUUUCUCUCAAAUUCCAAAUAAAAAUAUUGUCAUUUAGAGCAUUUAUUUGCAGAGAUUUGCAAAAUAUGCAGAGCUUUCAUAUCUCAAAGAAUGCAAAGAAAACAAGAUCAUAUUCGUAAAGUUUUAAGAGUUCAGAAAUUAAUAUUUGGUGGAAUAACCCUGUUUUUUAAUCACAGAUGUCAUGCAUCUUGGCAUGUUCUCCUCCAGCAGUCUUACACACUGCCUUUGGAUAACUUUAUGUCUCUCCUGGUGCAAAAAAUCAAGCAGUUCAGCCUGCUUGGUUUGAUGGCUUGUGAUCAUUCAUCUUCUUCUUGAUUAUAUUUUAGAGGUUUUUAAUUUGGUAAAAUCAAAGAAACUCGUCAUUUUUAAGUGGCCUCUUAUUGUCCUCCACAGAGCUGUAUAUGAUAUGAUAUAUAUUUCACACUGGAACUGGAACAGUGGUUAGUUUCAGCUUCGUAUAAGAGCUUUGCUGCCUUAUAAUAACAGAGAUUGAGGGUUGUAUGUUCUCUGAAGCUUAGAUGGCAACAGCUUUAUGAGUUUGGUGUAUCAAAUUCUGUCACUAUUAUUUUGGUGUUGUAGUCAAAACCAGGUCAGGACUGAGAUGGACAGCAGGGGGUCAAGAAUUAAAGACCAAGACCCAAGCAGAGUGAGUUUAAUUCAAGACUAGUAUCUUAUAACUGAUAUUUUAAUUCACACACCACGUAAUGCUAUGACCCUUCAGUUCAUGCUUGUGAACACUGUAAAAGUACAGGAGGUACUCCACUGUCGAUUAACAGACCUUUUUAUUAUUAUUUUUUUAUUUAUCUAAUAAGACUUCAACAAUACCCUAGACGAGCAACUUUUUUUUUUUUUUUUUUUUCCCCCCCUUUCCUUUCCUCAGUCCAAUCUUGAGCUUUGCUCCCUCAUAGAUAUAUUUCUAUAUAAAUAUAUUCUUCUGUCAUCUCUGUUAGGAUAGAAUCAGUCAUGCACCUGUUACUGUCAGUAACCCAAAGGAGAGCAGCUGACUUUGUAUAUACUCACGCCUCAGUAGACAGUGAUGCACCUUAGCCUUCAGCUAGGCUGUUUGGAUUCCAAACAAUGCAUAGAAAUAUCUCUCAAAGCUGUGAUCUUGUACAAUCCUUUAACUCUGUAAAUGUUGUUAAAUAUAUCUGUUGCCCUGUGUGCAGAGGAUUCCAUUUUCUCGCUCGUUCAAGUGAUCUCUUGGCUCGAGAGCGUGUCUUACGCCCUUCGCCCGGCCAAGAUCAGGGACGCAGUGCUGGUGUCAUACAAAACUGUAGACGGUUUCAGUGAAUAAAACACAGUAUUUAAUUCAAA